AUGGCGGCGGGAGUUGGCUCUCUGUUUGCUCUCCUGGAUGGCUUUAUCACCGGCCAAGCCGAAGACACAGGCCAAGCAGAAGACACAGGCCAAGCCGAAGACACAGGCCAAGCCGAAGACACAGGCCAAGCAGAAGACACAGGCCAAGCCGAAGACACAGGCCAAGCAGAAGACACAGGCCAAGCCGAAGACACAGGCCAAGCCGAAGACACAGGCCAAGCAGAAGACACAGGCCAGCCGAAGACACAGGCCAAGCCGAAGACACAGGCCAAGCCGAAGACACAGGCCAAGCCGAAGACACAGGCCAAGCCGAAGACACAGGCCAAGCCGAAGACACAGGCCAAGCCGAAGACACAGGCCAAGCCGAAGACACAGGCCAAGCCGAAGACACAGGCCAAGCCGAAGACACAGGCCAAGCAGAAGACACAGGCCAAGCAGAAGACACAGGCCAAGCCGAAGACACAGGCCAAGCCGAAGACACAGGCCAAGCCGAAGACACAGGCCAAGCCGAAGACCAGGCCAGCCGAAGACACAGGCCAAGCGAAGACACAGGCCAAGCCGAAGACACAGGCCAAGCCGAAGACACAGGCCAGCCGAAGACAGGCCAAGCCGAAGACACAGCCAAGCGAAGACACGCCAAGCCGAAGACACAGGCCAAGCCGAAGACACAGGCCAAGCCGAAGACACAGGCCAAGCCGAAGACACAGGCCAAGCCGAAGACACAGGCCAAGCCGAAGACACAGGCCAAGCCGAAGACACAGGCCAAGCCGAAGACACAGGCCAAGCCGAAGACACAGGCCAAGCCGAAGACACAGGCCAAGCCGAAGACACAGGCCAAGCCGAAGACACAGGCCAAGCCGAAGACCAGGCCAAGCCGAAGACACAGGCCAAGCCGAAGACACAGGCCAAGCCGAAGACACAGGCCAAGCCGAAGACACAGGCCAAGCCGAAGACACAGGCCAAGCCGAAGACACGGCCAAGCCGAAGACACAGGCCAAGCCGAAGACACAGGCCAAGCCGAAGAACACAGGCCAAGCCGAAGACACAGGGCCCAAAGCCGAAAGACCGGGCCAAAGCAGAAGACACAGGCCAAGCCGAAGACACAGGCCAAGCAGAAGACACAGGCCUCGAAAGCAGCGGCGGCCUGCGCAGGUUCCCCUCGCCAGCGAAACCCCGACGCGCACAUGGCGGGCACGGACAGAGCAAGGACCUGAUAGCUGGGGGCGUCCAGGUCUCCAUGUGGUCGCCGGCCUUCAAGUGCGCGGUUCUGAUUGUGAAGAACCGCCGCAGCACUGGUUCGUCCGUGGUUCAUUUUGUUUAUUUCAUAUGACUGGAGCCACUUUCUGUGCGGUUCUGCUGUGGUCAGGUUGA